UGAAAGCUUAAGUUCCAACAAGCCUUGAGCUUUUUAAGUUUUUUCCAAAAACCCUUUUCAUCACCUUUAACUUCCCCCCUCUCCCACCCUCCCUUCCAUUCUUAAUCACCAUUAGAUCGAAUUCACCCCGAAUUCGAUCUAAUGGUUUUUCGAUUCUAAUAACUCCAUUCCCGAAGUUGUAAAUACUUCGCUUAAACUUAGUCAUCUCGAUCGAUUGUGUUAUAUUACCCAGAAAAAGAACUUAUUAUCAUGGACAAGGUGAUGAGAUUAGCUUCUGAGAAGGGCGUGGUGAUAUUCAGCAAGAGCUCUUGCUGUCUCUGCUACGCUGUGAAUAUACUGUUUCAAGAACUUGGCGUGAGGCCAUUGAUGUACGAGAUUGAUCAGGACCCGGAGGGGCGGGAGAUGGAGAAAGCGCUAAUGAGGUUGGGCUGCAAUGCGCCGGUACCGGCGGUUUUCAUUGCCGGAAAACUGAUCGGAUCAACCAACGAGGUCAUGUCACUUCACUUAAGCGGCUCGCUCAUUCCUCAGCUCAAGCCCUACAUGCAGCAAACUAUGUCCUAAAUUAGUAAUUAUCAUAAUUUAUCAUGACCAAAA